AUGAAGAAAACAAGCUCAAACCCUAGCCCCAUCGAAGCCCGGUUGGCUCUCAACUUUCUCCGGGCCAUCAAGAAAAUCGCGAGCAACCCACGAAAACCGUCCUCGGCCCACAAAACCAAGAGGCCGCAUGAAAUCCGGGCCGCGGCCUAUGCAUCCAUGGCUUCCGUGGCCGGCCCAAACAAGGCGUGGAGUCGGGCCCUUCUCCGGAGUAUCAAGAACCGCUGGAGGCAGCGGGCACAAUGCGAUCCGGCCCGAAACAAUAGUAUUGGUUUAGGGUGUGGUGGGCCCGAGAAGGAUCUCCGGGAGCUAGUCCCAGGCGGCAAAUCCCUGGACCUGGCGAAGCUGUUGAACGAAACGGGCCACUAUAUAAAGUGCCUUCGGGCCCAAGUGGAGGUCAUGAGAAAGAUUGCUGAUUAUUCUUCUUCUUCUUCUUCUUCAAAAUGA